CGUGUUGACGUGUCCAAAAUUAGACACCAACGGCAACGAACAGCAGAGAACGCAUGGCCAAUCCCGUUACCCUCUCUUUCCCGCUAACGCCACCAUAUUAAGUAAGUUAUAAUAUUUAUUUCACAUACCAUUGGACUUCGCCGCCGAACAAAUAAACCGACGACGGAGUAAUAAUGCUGUAACCUCCGUAACGCCGUAUCGUGGUAGCGAGCGUUCGAAGGUUCCACCUUGCAUUAUUCUACGACGCUCCCUAUCACUCUCCCUCGCAAAACCUCCUUCAAUCUAAUCUCACCCGCCGGUGACCCCUCCGCCAUAACAAUGCCUCAAAAGCAUAGCACCGUGGUCUACCUCCAUGGGACCCUCGAUCUGGUAAUCGUCGAGGCUCGCUGCCUUCCCAACAUGGAUUUGCUCUCCGAGCGUGUCCGAAGGUUCUUCUCCGCCCUCAACACUUGCAGCGCCUCCAUAUCCGGAAAAAGGAAGCUCCACCGCGCCCGCCACCGCCACCGCAAGAUCAUCACCAGCGAUCCUUACGUCACCGUGUGCCUCGCCGGCGCCACCGUCGCGCGCACCCGCGUGAUCUCUAAUUCGCAGAGCCCUUCCUGGGACGAGCACUUCAAGAUCCCGCUCGCGCACCCGGCCGCGCAGGUCGACUUCUUCGUCAAGGACAACGACAUGUUCGGCGCCGACCUCAUCGGAGUCGUCACCGUCUCAGCCGAGAGAAUCCUCUCCGGCGAACCCAUCAGCGACUGGUUCCCGAUCAUCGGCUCGUUCGGGAAGCAGCCGAAGCCUGACUGCGCGCUGCGCCUAGCGAUGAAAUUCACGAGGUGCGAGAACACUCGCAUGUUCCGGUCCCUCAAGGAACCGGAUCCGGAUCGGUUCGUGGUUCGGGACUCUUAUUUCCCGGUCCGUCACGGAGGGGCGGUGACGCUGUAUCAGGACGCGCACGUGCCAGAGGCAAUGUUGCCGGAGGUUGAGUUAGAGGAGGGUGUGAAUUUUGAGCAUGGGAAGUGCUGGGAAGAUAUAUGCCACGCUAUUUUGGAAGCGCACCAUUUGGUUUACGUUGUGGGUUGGUCCAUCUACCACAAAGUUAGGCUCGUGAGAGAGCCUACCAAACCCUUACCGAGCGGUGGUAGUUUGAAUUUGGGGGAGUUGCUCAAGUACAAGUCCCAAGAAGGUUUGCGAGUUUUACUUUUGGUUUGGGAUGAUAAGACUUCGCACAGCAAGUUUUUCAUUAACACGACUGGAGUAAUGCAAACGCAUGAUGAAGAAACUCGAAAGUUUUUCAAGCAUUCUUCAGUUAGAUGUUUGCUGUCACCAAGAUAUGCCAGCAGUAAGCUUAGCAUUUUCAGGCAGCAGGUUGUUGGAACGCUCUUUACACAUCAUCAGAAAUGUGUGAUUGUGGAUACUCAAGCACAUGGCAAUAAUAGGAAGAUAACUGCAUUUAUAGGUGGUCUAGAUCUUUGUGAUGGCCGGUAUGAUACACCUGAGCACAGACUUUUCCGCGAUAUGGACACUGUUUAUCAGGACGAUUAUCAUAAUCCCAGUUUUUGCACGGGAACCAAAGGUCCAAGGCAACCAUGGCAUGAUUUACAUUGCAAAAUUGAAGGCCCUGCUGCAUAUGAUAUACUUACUAAUUUUGAGCAGCGUUGGAGAAAGGCCACGAGAUGGUCUGAGUUGGGUCGAAAGCUCAAAAGAGUGUCUCACUGGAACGAUGAUUCUUUGAUCAAGUUAGAACGCAUCUCUUGGAUUCUUAGUCCUUCUGAAUCAAUUCCAACUGAUGAUCCUGAACUCUGGGUUUCGAAGGAAGGCGAUCCUAAAAAUUGGCAUGUUCAGGUUUUUCGAUCCAUAGAUUCUGGCUCUUUAAAAGGAUUUCCUAAGGAUGUAUUUGAAGCUGAGUCCCAGAACCUUGUGUGUGCAAAAAAUCUGGUUAUAGACAAGAGUAUUCAAACAGCGUAUAUACACGCUAUCAGAUCUGCUCAACAUUUUAUUUAUAUCGAGAAUCAAUAUUUUGUUGGAUCAUCCUUUGCUUGGCCAGCUUACAAAGAUGCAGGCGCUGAUAACCUAAUUCCGAUGGAGUUGGCACUGAAGAUAGUUAGUAAGAUACGAUCCAAGGAGAGAUUUACAGUGUAUAUAGUCAUCCCAAUGUGGCCCGAAGGUAACCCUUCUUCUGCUUCUGUGCAAGAGAUACUCUUUUGGCAGGCACAAACUAUGCAAAUGAUGUAUAAUGUCAUAGCUCGGGAAUUAAAAGUUAUGGAACUUGACCAUCAUCCACAAGAUUAUCUCAACUUUUAUUGUCUUGGAAACCGAGAGCCGUUGAAAAAUGGUUUUUUAAGUCCAAGUAGUUCGUCUCCAGAUAAUGGCGAAACGAUUUCACCCUCACAAAAGUUCCGAAGGUUCAUGAUUUAUGUACAUGCCAAGGGAAUGAUUGUGGAUGACGAAUAUGUAAUUCUUGGGUCUGCCAAUAUCAAUCAACGAUCUAUGGCUGGAUCAAGAGACACCGAGAUAGCAAUGGGUGCGUAUCAACCCCAUCAUACAUGGGGUAAGAAAAAGGGGCAUCCACAUGGUCAGUUAUGGUAUUUGCAGGUAUAUGGGUAUAGGAUGUCUUUAUGGGCAGAACACAUAGGGAGCAUACAAGCUUGCUUUAAGAAUCCUGAAAGUCUGGAAUGCGUGAGAAGUGUGAACAGUAUUGCUGAAGAAAACUGGAGGAGGUACACAUCUGACGAUUAUAAUCCAUUGCAAGGGCACCUGAUCAAAUAUCCUGUGAGUAUAAAUGCCACUGGGAAGAUAAAGUCCAUACCUGGAUUUGAGUCUUUCCCAGAUGUUGGAGGCAAGGUGCUUGGCUCCAGAUCCAACCUUCCUGAUGCUCUAACCACAUAGGCAUAGCAUACACUCUUAAUUUCUACGUCAAAAAACCUCACAUCGGAGGGCUCAAUUGGUAUAGAAAAAGUUAAAACAUUUUUAGUAUGCUACAGGCUGCGUAUAGUAAUUAUUAGUGGACUGUAUGUCACGGCCACAUUGUACAUGUGUAUCAAUUCUUUUCUGCCUAAUGGUCGAAUGUCCAAUAAACCAUUCAUUCAUCUCCUUCCACUUGUACAUUUGCAUCCCUAAUUCUUAAUCAGACAACACUUGUUAAUCA